AUGCCUGGACGAGACGAGAAAAGGCGGCCUGCCGCUCUCAACCUCACACCAACACGCACCGGUACAUCGGACUCUUCAUCAUCAGACAACUCGCUCAAGCCUCGGACGCCUCGCUUUGUGGAGGCCACAACUGUACACUCGCCUAUUGAAGCAAAGUCUCCUUUUGCAGACCCCGAGAAGUCACACAUGGCCCAAGCGCAACCGGGUGACAUUGGGUUCGGAUACCUCAACAACCGCGAGUCCGUAGCCGUGCCAAUGACGCCCAAGACCCCCCUCAAGAGCGCCAUGAAGGUGCCGGGGACGCCCGCGAGGAAGUUUGACAACCCCCUAAGCCCGACAUUCCGUGAGGACAUUCUUGAGAAGCAGGAGAGCGCCACAGACAAGGAGCAGGCUCGCGACGUCAAGAUCAAGGCCCGCGUACGCCUCGCCAAAGUUGCUCUCCGUGGUGUCAACUUCAGUUGCGCCCUAAUCAUCCUUGCCAUGCUGUCCUCCAGUUUCGCCAUUUUCAACGCUACCAAGAGCCUGCCCAGCCAAAGUAAGAUGCCCGCCUGGGCCGAGGAUACUAAGAUCUGGCCUCAGGUUCUGGUGCUGGUCAUGGCCUGCCUGACGCUAGGCGCAUGUAUCGUUGUGUUCUGUGCCUACUUCCGUGGUGGUCACAAACGAGCUGAGAAGGUGGCCACCUACUAUACUAUGUUUGCACUUGGCUGGUUCAUUAUGAGCAUGGUCUUGUGGGCAAUCACUGCGGCCCUCUUCCAGAACUCGCGCAACAACUCCGGCAACAAGGACAUGUGGGGUUGGUCCUGCGUCCAGAACACCCGUUCUGCUGUCUACGGUGACAAGGUCGACUAUCAGCUCAUCUGCCGCCUCCAGAACUGGACCUUGAUCUGUAUCAUCAUUGAGAUUGUGAUUGAGGUCAUCUGCAUCACGCUCUACAGCAUCGUCUUCUACCGCUACUACACGAAGCGCCGUCUUGCCAAGUCCAUGGAUCUCCGUGACCGCGCCCGCUCCGAUCUCUACCUCGCUCAGCUGCGCAGCCAGUCCGCCCCCAACACGCCCGGCUUUGGUCCCAAGUCUCCUGCUCUGAGCCAGUACGCCAUGUCUCCCCGUCACCCCCCGGCUGCCUUCCGCAACCUCGCCGACAUUGAGGAGAGCCCCUUUACCCCUGGUGGCCGUGUGGCCGAGCCAAGCUCGCAGUUCUCUCCAUCACAACCCCAGUCCGGCUUCGUGCUCCAGGCUCCCCCAGUUAAAGCCCCCUCGGCGACCCCCAAGACCAAACAGGCUGCCUUCGCCGUCGAGGAGCCUGUCCGCCAACCCUCACCUCCUCAAAUUCAAGUCCAGCCUCCUGCUGCUGUCGUAGACGACGAACCCGUCUAUGAUGCUGUGCCGAUCCCCGGCGCCUACGCUGGCCAGGCCAUCAAGAGCCCGCCACCCAACCAAGUUGCUUUUGGCCAGGCGAGCUAG